AUGGAAUUAAUUACAGUUAGUCUAUUUUUGAUAUACUUCACAACUUCAGUUUCUGGUAUUGAAGUUCACACACCCGAAGUAAAAGAAAGAGGAGCAGAGUCCAAUUCCCCAGAAAGAGAAGGUCUGCGAGUGACCCGUAAAUCUGAAGACACUUAUCCUGCAGUUGCCUACGUCCCUCAUAAAUUUAACUUCCAGUUAGCGAGACAGCAGGAUUACCUUAAACAGCGAUACGCACAGCAGCAACUGAUCGACGUAGAGAAAAUUGCGGCAAUUCAUACAAAUCCCUCAAAGAAAAAUAAAAAUAUCGAUAUUCUAAAACAAGUAAAUCUGGAUUCUACUGAGCCUCAUACAGCAUAUGAAUGGCAACCCACUGAAUCUAGCUCUAAAAAUAGACACCAAAGAAGUUCUGGGAAUAGUAAGACGUUAGACUAUAUUCCUAUAAGAAUCAAAACACCGAGAAAUUCAGACGAUAAAAUAAAAAUUAAAAAAGAAGAAUCAGAUAGUCCAAUAAGAAGAAAAGAUGAAAACGAUCCAGGAUUUGGAGGGCAAAUUAUCUACUUGGAUCCUCGAAUCCUAAAACAAUUAUUAGACCUUAAAAAUAAGCGUACUCAAAUUCAAAGCAGAUCAUUUAACGAACAUUCUGGUGCAGUUGACGCCAACUCACUUAACGAACUUAUUGGGAAAAAUCCUCAUGUCCAACUAGAAAGCUUGAAACGACUAUUACAUCAGUCCCAACAAACAAAAUUUGUACCAGUAAUAAGUCAGGCACAUGCUUUUCAUCAAAAGGAUCACACUCCUAUUACAGAAAGAACUGUUGACGUACCAAAUCCCCAGUCAAAGCCUAACAUUAAAGUAGAACAUGAAGAUUCUUCAAAAGUUCCUCAAACACAGCAAGUUGUUACGAAAGAAACUUUUGAAAAAAUUCAACAACAAUUAGAUGCAGCGUCCAAGUUUCAAGUUCAGCAAGCAUUGGAGCAAGCACAGCAAGCUGCACACGCCCAUGUUGCCGCCCAACAUAAAGCGAUAGAACAAGCACAGAGAGCUAUAUUUGAAAAAGUACAAAAAUCACUAUAUGAAAGUCCCCAAGCUUUACGACUGAUUCGUCCAGAGGAAUCAGAUGUAACGACGCAUAUCAACGUACCAGUACAACAUCAACAAGCUAUUUAUUCUGCCCCUAUACCAGUUCAGACAGAACAACAUCAAUCAGAUUUUACACGUCACUUAAAUACUCAACCACAGCAGCAUCAGCCAGUAUAUUCAACACCAUUACCACCUGUAGUAGUAUCACCUGUGCAUGAUAUACAAAUACCAACUUCAAAAGUACAUAUAACAAAAUACAAUACAGCUUUAACUACUGCAGGCCCAACAGUUUUACACAAUACCAUUGAAUCUACUAACAAGCUACAUCAAAUAGUUCAGAAUGAAAACCGUCAGGAGCCAGUAGUACAUAAUGUUCGUAUAAUACAAGUAACGCCUAUUCCAACACAUGGACCUAAGCAUAUUUUAAUACAACCACAAGUGAAACAUUUAGUUUUAACCCAAAAACAAGCACCACAGUACCAAACCAAAAACGUAGAGCAUUACGCUCCUAAUCAUCUUCACCAAACUGCCGCACAAUUACAAGCUGAAAAAAUUUUACUUCAACAAGUGCAAUCUCAUAACAACGCUAUUCUAAAUAGUAAUAAAAAUGUGAACAGGUAUGUAGGCCAAAAAGUUCCAGCACAUGCAUUCCAAGAAGAGACAGCUGAAAAAGAAGCGCAACCAUCCGCAGAUGCUUAUCAACAUAUUUAUUUGGACCACAAAGAAGCAGAUAAUAGCGUUGAUCCACAAUUAGAACAUAAAGAAGAAAACGAAGAAGUAAGUAAAAACCAAAUUUUUUUAUGUAGUAAUUGUUCGGAUAGAAAAAAACGUAAUAUUAAUAUCGAUAAAAUAAACAUUAACAAUAAUAUUAGUAAUCAUAGAAUGAGUAAUAGUUCAGAUGAGUACAUAGAGUACUACGAGUAUUAUGAUGAUGAAUCUAAUAAAAUAUUAGAAACGGUUAAAAUGAAUAAAACUAUAACACCCGAUAAAAAUUCCUUGCAUGAAAAUAGUACACUUACAAAUGAUUUUGAAUAUUAUUACGAAUAUUAUGACGAUGAACCUGACAAAAAUAAUAAAUCGUCCCAAUUUAAUGCAGUAGGUUUAACAUCUGAAGAUAAACCAGUAUCAGAGAUGUUAACUUCAUUCGGUAAUACUUUUCUGCCCACUCAUAAAAAUGAUAAAUUUGAUACUGAUCCUUCACUUUAUUAUUUAAAUGACUACUUUGAAGUAAAUAUGGAAACAGAUGCAAAUCACCACUAUGACGAAACUCUAUCUGAUAAUGAUGAUUUUGCAAAUGUUAAUAAUUUCCAUUCCCAGAUCUCAAAGAGGUAUUACCAUUCUUAUCCUAAACCUCAAAAUGUAUACCAUUAUCCAGCGAAAAUUCCAGUUCAUCCCGUUCAUAAGCCCGGGUCUGGUUGUAAUCCUGUAGUAAUUGUUAAUAAUAAUAAAUCACCUAGUUAUCCCAAAAGAAAGAAGAAGUGGAGGAGGAAGAAGAAACGUCAUCACAGACGUAAUUCUCAUGUAAAAGUACCAAUUAGGUACCCGACUUUUGAAGAAUUACAAUACGCUGCCAAAUACGUCUUUGGCUAUCGCAUCAAAGACAACAAAGAAGGCAACGAUUUUGGCCACGAAGAAAAACGGAGUGGACGAAGUGCCGAAGGAAGCUACCAUGUUCUCUUGCCCGAUGGACGAAUGCAGAAGGUAGAAUACUACGCAGAUGAUAAUGGAUAUCACGCAAAAGUUACGUACGAAAAUGUAGCUGAACAUAAAUAG